AAAAAAAAAAAAAAAAGGCCUGUUCCAAAGGUCAAAUAACGAUGAAAAUGGAAAAUCCAUAGGAAGCUUUUAGUACUUUAAUCUAGCUCAAUUGUUCAGGAUAAGGAUCCUUUUGAAAGCAAAAUAAUAGUAUUCACUUAAUAUAAAAAGAUCCAAAUAUAUUUAUCACUCAAAUUGUCAAUAUAACAUGAAACGAUUAAAAUCUUUAAUUUUUUUUUGUUAAAUUUAUAGUAUUUAGAGAAUCACGUUGUCAUCACAAGGGAUUCAAGGAAAUAAAAAGGAUUACCUCUCGUUGUACUGUUGUGUACUUCAAAUAAAAAAAAAAAAAAAAAGCCUAUGUAAUAACAAUCAAUUUGUUCACUCUUCCCAAAACAUAAUCUUCAUCAAUUUGUUCAAAGAAAAAAAACAUUUGUUUUCACAAUUCCUAUCAUCUUAUCAAAUCAUUACAAUUUUUUCAAUUUUCUAAAUAAAAUAAAAUAAACAAUUCAAUUUUUUCAAAUAUUAAAAUAAAAAUAAUAUUAAAAAUAUAUAUUUUAAUGAUAUUUUAUUCAACUUUUAACUUUGAUCAAGUGAAAUAUGAGAAACCAGCAAGCAUCAACAACCAAUUAGCAAAUGAAAAGUGGCUUGUCAUCCUUCAACUUAUCAUCAUCCUUUCAUUAUCCUUCAAUGUGAAAAUAAAUGAUUUAGAGUCUAUUUCUCAACCAAUAAUUUGAUAGCUCACAAAGGAAUGAUGAUUAUAAGGGAAUGGUGAAUAGGAUUAUUCUUAACAAACGGUAUAAUAUAUAUAUAUAUAUAGAUGAAUAUAUGAAAGAAGACCCAUUAAAACGACCUAAAUUUAGGAUUUAUCAUCAGUUCUUCUCCACAUCAUUCACACCUAAAUUUUCGACCAGCUUAUGGUUUUGAUUCAUGGGUAAAAGAAACUAACAGCUGCAUCGCCAUCAAAGUCACGAAAUGAGCGAUACCGUGCCUAGCUAAGAACAAUAUGGCUCAAAUUGUAUUAUAUAGAGUCUUUAAACUAUAAUAUCUGGCAAAAAUGUCCAACAACAAGGUGAAAGGCCUCCUGAAAGGCCUACGAUACAUUUCUCAAAUAUUUGAUAAUGAAAAAGAAGCUGAAAUGCAGAUUGGCUUACCCACAGAUGUGAAGCAUGUCGCUCAUAUAGGAUGGGAUGGUCCAUCUGUAAAUUCUCCGACCUGGAUGAAUGAACUUAAAUCGCCUUCUGGAUUUUCUUCAGGAUCGUUAAGUCUCCCUGAAGAUCACAUGAUAGACAAUAAUGGUAGGAGAAGUGCAGGGGCUCCAAAUUCUCCUACCAAAGAGUUGUCGGAAACGCCGAGGUCAUCGCGACGCCAAUCAUCAUCAUCAUCAGCAAUCGAUAGUGUCACCGAGUCCCCUAAUAGGGGAAAAUUAGAAAAGCCAAAACAAUCGAGAAAGUCAUCUAAAAGUUCUAUCGAGAACUCACCUGAUGGCACCAAAGUUACCCAAGUCACCUGGUUACCCUCAGAUUCCAACCAAGCUGAGAGCGUGUCACCAGCACACAGCCUUCCAGAUAUCCCUAAAAUGGCUAGACGAAAGAAAUCAAAGGACCAUUCUCUUAGUAAUGGGUCAAAAAAAUCAUCAAGAUUAAAAUCUCAAGAUUCUCCUGAGACAUGUCAAUCUUCAUUUUCUCAUGCUGAGAUAUAUCAAUCUCAAUUCUCAGAUCCAGGACCUGGAUCUGAAUCUAUAUCCACAUAAAAAUAAAAAUAAAAACAAUGAACUUUAUCCACAUGCAGCCUUAUGAGGAGGAUGAGGCACAAAAGGGAUUCAUUAAUGUUGUGUAUAUUGAAGGUUUGUUGUACUUUACACAUUAAUUGGUAGCUAGAAUAGAUUCUUAGUUGAGAUCAUUUCUCUAUUUUUCCACUCUUUUUCUUCUUCAUGGAGCCAUGAUACACAACAAUUAUUGGAUCUAACUCUUUUUUCUUUUAAUCCUGUGUCGAAUAUGUUAUUUCUUGGUUUUCGCAUUUUUUUUUCUAGCUUGAUGAGAUCUGAAUCGAAACAAUUUCGUUUGGAUCUCACACGAAAUGUAUCAACCUUGCAAUUGUCAGUCAAAUCUAAAAUUCCCACC